AUGGCCCAAUUGCCAAUCUCUUUUGUUGUGGAAUGUCUGACGAAAUGGUGGCUCCCACCCUCAAUUUCAGCGCAUGUCCCCAUCCUUCGGGGCCUAACUCCUUGCCUGAUUUUAUGGGAGCUAUGGCUAGCUAGGAAUGCAGCUAGAUUCGAAGGCGUUCAGCCGCUUGCAGCUUCGGUGAUCGCUAAGGUAAAGUGGAGGUUGUGGGUGCUGGUUUGCUCGAUUAAGGGCCCCUCUCACCAUCUUCAUCCGUGGGAUGAAAGGCUCAACUUUCAGUCUCCCUCCUCUUCCUCCUUCAUUCAAAAAAUCAUUAAGUGGACUAGGCCAAACAGAGGGUAUGUUAAGCUUAACGUAGAUGGUUCUGCCUUGGGUAAUCCGGGGAAAUCAUGUGAAGGUGGCAUAUGCAAGCGUGGUGAUGAGGAGUUUUGUUUCGCAUUCUUGGUAAGAUACGACAUCGGGUCAAAUACUAGAGCCGAGCUCAAGGCCAUUUACAACAGCACUGCGCUUUGCUUGGAGUUAGGUUUUAACAUGGUUCAAGUCGAAUCAGAUUCCAAGUUGGUGGUAGCCCUCUUCAAUGGCUCGUUAGAACCUACUUGGUGGUGGGAAUACUGA